GCAAGGUGCAUUUUGUUCUGCAAUUCAAUAUACCCAUGCUGGAUUGCUGUUCUGGUUGACUGCACUAGUAAGGACAAGCUGAAAAAUAAUUUGGGAAUGUAGUUUCAAGGAUAUUCAUCUUCAGGACUCUAGGAGUCAUACUGAUGACUACAUACAAAAUCAUCUUUAAAUGUUCAGAGGAGUAAUAGCUGCAGUAGUUCAAAGUAAAGGUUUCAUUUACACAAGAUGAAAUUUGACCCUUGACAGAAGACUAAGACAAGCCCUCAUGAGCUCCUUUGUUCUUAGCUUCUCCAGGGAUGAUUUCACUCAUUGUGUUCAGUCUUGAUUUAAACACAUCAUCACAUUUUUACAACAAAUUACCAAGCAGCAGGUGGACUGCAAUCCACUCUUUGUGCAUACUCAGCUGUAUUGAGUCUAUUUAACACAGCUUCAUUUAGUUCAGCUGAAUUGUAGAAGCUUGUGAACUUUCUGUAACUCGGUUUUGUCUUUCAUUAGUCUAAGAUAUAUGAAGGUUAAAGGUUACUGGAAUGACUUAAGAAUGUGUUAUUUCAUUUAUAUUAUUUAUAUGUAAGCUAAAUUGAGUUUAUUCUUGUUUUCUGUGUUAAAUUUAAACACAAGUUAAAAUUUGACAAUGAGCCAUUAUUAAUGCUUUUCUCUAAUGUGUUUUUUUGUCCUUUUCCCAGUAAUGUAGCUCCAUCUAUAUAGUCCUAAUGUUAAAAGAAGUUUGAAAAGACCCUGAGUCUUUUGAAGGGAUAAUUAGCUUGGAAUGCUUCACAGCAGUUCCUCGAUCUUUUUAGAAAUACAAUCUAUGUAUUCCAUAAGAUAGAAAGGUAUUUGUGAAUUAUAGCCAUAGAUUCAUGAGCAGGCAUGACUUCAUCAAUAAAUGAUGAGCACUUCUUUUGUGUUGUAGGAUGCAUGUGGUCUCAGGUUUAGCCUGUAUAUGUAGUAAGGAUGAAUAAAGUUUAAACACAAAUAGUUGAAAAAAGUAUGAAAAUUGUGCAUGUGUUCAUGACUUUAUGAUUUGUUUGAAUCAACUUCCUUGCUGCCCUAGAUGUGAAGGAGGUACAGCACUUGCUGAGUUUGCCUGUGUUGAUACCGGCCGGGUUUUCUUGACUGUCUGCUGGGAUAUCCCCACCUGUGACAGUGUCAGAAGCAGCUCCUGACUCUGUGCCUGGCUGUGUGAGUGAAGAGGAAGAUAUGUCUCCAUACUUUCCAUCUUCAUGCUCUCAUCACCCCGAGGUGAGAACUAUUGCUCCAUGACCCAUCUAAUGUGAUUCCCCUAUUGUCACAGACGUUGUUAACUAGACUUUUAAAGCCCACACAAUUUAUCUUGCACCACAUGUGUAAACCUGCUCUUGCAAACCAGGACUACUGCACACCCCUGAUCUUAACUUUUUAUCAUAGAUUUUCCACACACAGGAGAUUUCCAGCUCCAGUCAGCUGCACAGCUUUCUCCUCUAGGACAAGUAUAUGCAGGCUACAGAGCUGCUGUCCACAGGUUUCCUUACAACUCCAAACUGAGGAGCUGAGGAAGGGAGAUGAAUAAACAUACUGCCCUAUGAACUUGUGCAUAAAGCUGAGUCCUCGUUCCUUUUCCCUUUUACUUUUUUCACCAAUCCUCGAAGUGCAUGCACUGAGCUGCAAAGUGCAUGAAAAACAAUCCUGUAACUCAAUUCUCACCAUAAGGUCACAGAGGGAGAAUGAAACAAUGUGCUGUGCCAUGGUGAGAGGUGUGUAAACUAUAGCUGUUCCAAAGUCAAGGUAACUGCUUCUUUAAUAAGCUUGCAGCCUGUGUUAAAGCAACAGCUGAAGGUGGAAGAGGAAAAGAUAAUGAUAAAGCUCCAGUCAGAUCACAGCUAUAUGUGUCAAGAGAGUUCAAGGUUUGCUCUGGUUUACAGUGUACAUCUUUGUCUCCUGCUUACACCCUUUGGUUAAAUGAUGAACAAAAAUGAUGGUAUCAUUUCUUCAGCUGCAAUAAACUAACAGAACAAAAAAAUCCAACUCCAAGACACUGGCUGAAUAGGCAUUCAGUAAGAGAAAGAGGCUUUUGGAUUAAUUUUACAAAUGAGAAAAUUUGAGUGGUCACAGGGAUCAAGCUGAGUGCAUUUUGAUUUGGCUGUUUUGUGCAUUGGAUAACUGAAUUUCCCCUUCCUUUUUGGUCAGCUGUGGCCAGAGAUUGUUGCUGCCUUCCUAAACGUAAGAGUCCUGCUGCAUGAAGAAAUGUCAGUCACAUCAACAGUGUGAAAGUAAUUGGAAACUGUGACCUCUCCAACUGUGAAGCUGUGGGGAAAACUCUGCCAUCCACUUGGGAGAGAAAGACUGUUAAAUAAAUGGCUAUUAUAACAGCCAAGGACUUAAGGAAAGAUCCAAAGUGACUUCCCAUGAUCACUGACUCACUGGAAGAAGUAGAAAAGACCUGGAUGUGGAUAUCUGUGCUGGCUCCUCAAAUCUCUGUUCAGCUCCUUCCCAAAUGAGCUUUGAAGAUGGAAAUCCAAACUCCUAAUGAAGAAUGUAUUCCUUUGGUGUGUAAUAGGAGUGAAUAGCUGUAAACUGAACUCAAUAAAUGGUUGUCCUACUCCCUGGGAUAAUGAGCCUAUUUAUAUGGAGAAUGAAAAAGAAAAUAAAUGCAUUAUCUGGGACACUGGCAGACUGAAGACAAAAGUGUGAUGAUACAUUUUGAGCUCCUGAAGGAUAAUUGUGGUUUGGGUGAUUUCUCAAUGGCAAGUUGCUGUAGUAUUCUUUCCUGUUGUUAUCCUUGUUUGAGAAAUUGUGAGGCUUAAAGUAUUACUGCCUAAAGUUCUUUAGAAAUGCAGAGAGUUGUCCAAGUGUUCCUGCUGAAAACUCAGACUGAGAGGAGUAAACUCUUCCCUUGCUAUGCUGUAGCUGGUAAAUAAGAUAAAUAGAGACCUAUAACCUUUCCAAGUGCUGGGGUUGAGGGUUAGUCAUCCUCCUGCCCCCAGAUUUACAUAGCAAUUUCUUGUUGUCACGCUUCAGAAGAGAAGGAGUUUCUGAAGCAGCAUACUUCAACAGAAAAAAAUACUUCAGCUGAAAAUAAAUGUGUUCAGGUGGCAGUGCAUUUGGCUUAUGAACUAUUUGUGGAUAAUGAAUUAGUCUUUCUCUAAUAAUCAAUUUGUGCUGCAUCCAGGAAAAAAAAAAAGAAGAGGAGUGUGGAUACCGUCUAACUGUUUUGCCGUUCCCCAAAAAAUGCUUUUGGCAAGAUAUCAACAGGAAUUAACAAACAUUAAUAAAACUUGAAAGUAACAGCUAAAAAUGUUUGAUUCAGAGGUGGUGCUCUUGCUGCUGCCACCCUAACUGGGUGCUCUCCAAGCACGGGCAGGCUGGAGAGAGAAGAGAGCUUGGAUGGAAAGCUGUGAGGGGUGGCUUUGGCAGGGGUAUGGAAGGCUCACCUUCCACAAUGUGCUGUGUAACACUGAUGUAAAAUGGCUCCUGUUAGCAGGCUGGAAAGAAGGUCAAAAAGCAUGUCUGGGAAUGUGACUGAUGGGCAGUGCACUGGAGAUGAAAGACCCAGCAACUCCAGUCUCUUGGGAAGAGUCACAGAAAAGAAAGCAAAAGAUGGAUGGCCUGGGGAGAAGAGCUCCAGCAAAGCUAAUGAUGACCCUUGAGGACAGCGUGUGGAUAACAGAUGAUGCAGGAUUCCCUCCAGUAAGCAAGUGCAAAUCUUUGGACAGGAGCUGCUGAACCCACUUAUUCAUCACUGAUGGAUUUGCUAUGGGAAAUAAACACUGUGCCUAGGUCAUGCUUUUACAACUGAUGAUGGUUGCUGGGAACUUGACCAAGGUUUGUUGUGAUUAUGGUCUCAGGCAGUGCAAUUUAGUCAUAUGGGCAACGGAGCAGUACAAGGCAUGCUCAAAUUCUGAAAAAUGUAUUCUCAAAUGAGCACAAGAUACUCUGCAGCACUCGCACUGCAAUGAUUCUGGCGGUUGGUGAGCAGGAGUAUCAUCCCUCUCCUCUUUCCUCGGCACGCCUUGAUCCACUGAAGACAUUCUGAUGCCACCCGCAGGAGGACUCAGGGCCCAGGUUAGGAUCUCUGUGAGGCUGCGCUGUGUCCUGACGCGUUAGGACCCAUCUUUGGUAGCCCAGUAGAGCUCAGAUCCUGGGAAGCAUGGACACACCAGCAGAGGAGUGGCACGGCACUGGCACCAGCGGUACAUUUGGCACUGAACAAGGAAUGAAGAAAAUGAGCAACAUCUAUGAAUCAGCAGCCAAUACCCUGGGAAUUUUUAACAGCCCAUGCCUGACUAAAGUGGAGUUGCGGGUUGCAUGCAAAGGCAUAUCAGACAGGGAUGCCCUCUCAAAACCAGAUCCUUGUGUCAUCCUAAAAAUGCAGUCGCACGGCCAGUGGUUUGAGGUUGACAGGACGGAAGUGAUUCGAACCUGUAUAAAUCCUGUCUUCUCCAAGCUGUUCACGGUGGACUUCUAUUUUGAGGAGGUGCAGCGGUUGCGGUUCGAGGUCCAUGACAUUAGCAGCAAUCACAACGGGCUGAAGGAAGCCGAUUUCCUCGGUGGCAUGGAGUGCACUCUCGGACAAAUUGUUUCUCAGAGGAAGCUCUCCAAGUCGUUACUCAAACAUGGCAACACAGCAGGAAAGUCAUCUAUAACAGUGAUUGCUGAGGAAUUGUCUGGCAACGAUGACUACGUUGAACUUUCAUUCAGUGCACGGAAAUUGGAUGACAAGGAUUUUUUCAGCAAAUCUGAUCCUUUUCUGGAGAUUUUUCGGGUGAAUGAUGAUGCAACCCAACAACUUGUACACAGGACUGAGGUUGUGAUGAAUAACUUAAAUCCAGCAUGGAAGACUUUUAAAGUGUCUGUAAAUUCUCUGUGCAGUGGAGACCAGGAUCGCAGGCUAAAGUGCAUAGUUUGGGACUGGGAUUCCAAUGGAAAGCAUGACUUCAUUGGAGAAUUUAGCUCGACUUUCAAGGAAAUGCGAGGAGCUAUGGAGGGAAGACAGGUACAAUGGGAAUGCAUUAACCCCAAGUACAAAGCAAAGAAGAAGAACUACAAGAACUCAGGCAUUGUCAUCCUUAACCAAUGCAAGAUACACAAGAUGCAUUCUUUCUUAGAUUAUAUCAUGGGAGGCUGCCAAAUACAGUUUACAGUAGCUAUAGAUUUCACUGCAUCGAACGGCGAUCCCAGGAACAGCUGCUCGCUGCACUACAUCCACCCCUACCAGCCCAAUGAGUACCUGAAAGCUUUGGUAGCUGUUGGGGAGAUUUGCCAAGACUAUGACAGUGACAAAAUGUUCCCAGCCUUUGGAUUUGGAGCAAGAAUACCCCCAGAAUACAAAGUCUCUCAUGACUUUGCAAUCAAUUUCAAUGAAGACAACCCAGAAUGUGCAGGAAUACAAGGAGUUGUGGAAGCUUAUCAGAGCUGCCUUCCCAAGCUGCAGCUGUAUGGACCGACGAACAUUGCUCCCAUCAUCCAGAAAGUGGCAAAAUCUGCAUCAGAGGAGACCAACACCAAGGAGGCCUCGCAAUAUUUCAUCCUGCUGAUCCUGACGGAUGGCGUCAUCACAGACAUGGCUGACACCAGAGAGGCCAUCGUCCACGCCUCUCACCUCCCCAUGUCGGUCAUCAUCGUCGGCGUGGGCAACGCUGAUUUUAGUGACAUGCAGAUGCUGGAUGGUGAUGAUGGCAUCCUGAGGUCUCCCAAGGGCGAGCCUGUGCUCCGAGACAUCGUCCAGUUUGUGCCAUUUAGGAACUUCAAACAUGCAUCCCCAGCUGCUCUAGCAAAAAGUGUUUUGGCUGAAGUUCCAAACCAAGUCGUGGACUAUUACAAUGGCAAAGGGAUAAAACCAAAAUGUAUGUCAGAGUACGAGUCUUCCAGGACACUAGCUCCAUGAACCUGCCUGCACUCUUUUACAAACUUCAAAAAGAAAAAUGCUACUGUCUACAACUACUGUAUUUAAAAAAGGAAACAAAAAAAUAGCACGUUUUGGUGAUUUUUAACUAAAAUAACCUUUUUUUUUUUUUUUGCAUGUGUAGCCUAAAGGCUUAAAUCUGUUAAGCAGUUGUAUUGUUGAAAACUUUUUAUGAGGAAAAAAUCCAGAAAAAAAAAGGUGAACUCUUUACAUUACAGCAUGUUGCCUUGAAAUAAAAAGUUAUCUGUAUCUGGUUUUUAUACAGGUUUGUUGAAAUUUUGCUAAAUUUCUUAUAUUUACACUGUAAAGCAUUUUGAAAUAUUUCUUGAGAGUCGGUAGCCAAAAUGUCUUUGGUUUAAUCUGUUAUGAACUGAGGGAUUUUUCAAAAUGGCAGAUGCAUGAACUGUAUUUUGCAUGUUUAAAAUAAAAACAACACAGUUUUGCAGUUGUCUUUAUUUCUCUCUCUGCCACAACACUGCCUGCUUUCAACUUUCAUAUUCCAAGGGAAGGGUAAUAAAGUGUUUCAAGACAUACUUGACCUGAAGCUUGGGCAUUUCUGAUGUUAGCACCUUAUAACAUGGACACCCAAAAAAGCCCACUCAGCCUGUGGCCUGAGUAGUAAUUUUUCAAAAGCCUGACAAAUCCAGCUGUUACAAAGUGUUCAGACCACAGCUGUAAAGAGAUCUGACUUGGAAAGCAUGAUCCAUCAUGACUUCAUGUCUUAAAACACGCCUACUUAACACAAACAGUUUGGCUGGCUUUCAAACAGGGUGUAUUUUGGCUAUCCAAAUUUAUAAUCUUCUGUUUGGGAAGUCUUAUUUUGUUCCAUUUGUGUUUUUAAAUCUCACUGGUAGUAUUGAACUCCGUGUGGCACAUUUUCCAGAUGAAAUUUUGCACAGCCUGAUUUUGUGACAAAUCCUCUCACACCUGUGUGUGAUAGAACUGGUUUUUACCAAAAGAAUAUUGAAACCACCUUAAAAAAAAAAAAAGAUAGAGGACACAAGAACAGAAUGGUGGUGGAUUGUACUUUUCCACUGAAAUAUUUAUCUAUGUAAGUGAAGAAAUUAAAUGAAUGGUAUUUUUUGUGUUUGAAGGAUGACUUGUUAAAAACUAAGGAGAAAAUUUCACAAAAAAUAAUCUGUGUGGGAUUGUCCAAAAGGCACAACUUUGGAUGAGUUGUUCUCCCGCUGAAUUGAAAACAUUCUUGUUGCUAGUUCCUGAAGAAGCUGUUUGGGGCCAGCACUGAAUAUUUUGGAAACCUUCCCCUGUGAGCAAGGGAUUUUGAUUAAGAAAUACAUAUUUUUAAAUGAGUUUGCAGGUAAUUCUCCUUUAGAGGUAACUUCCAUAGGAGCAGCUUUGAUUGAUGAUUUUGUACUCUUAAAUGAAGGCAGUGGGAUAGCCAAGAUGCAUGGGGCUGCCUCCCCAGCACAUUCAGUCCUGCCUCAUCUCUAUCCUGCAGUGCCAUCAUUCACACUUGCUUGCAAAGAUUUCUUCAGCUGAUCAGAUACUGAGCAGCAGCCAGUAUUACUUGGUCAUGGGUGUAAAUUGUCUGGAGAUGUCCAAACUGAUAGAUCUCAAAUGCAGAUUUCCAUGUAAUGGCUGACACUUCAUUUGAGAGCUCACCCUGUCAGGCUGCACAUCUCUCCCUCUGUGGGUGUGUUUCAUCUGGAA